AUGGAGAAGACUGUGAUGAUGAGUAAAAUAGAUGUGAUUGUAUGCAGAGGAAUAUGGUAUGCAAUGGCUCUGCUCUCGCUCUUUGGCCUCUCCAUAUCACUCAAUCUUCUGUGGCCAACCGGAGGAAAGUCAUCGUCAUCGUCUCGGUUCCUGAGGGACGGUGCGGUGAGUGCCACAACAUUCUACGCAGUGACACUAGUCAGGUAUCUCUUCUUCACCGAUCCUCCCUCCUCCACCAAUAAUAAUUGGUACAAGGAGUUUACUACAGUGAAAGAAAGGAUUCCUCAGCUUGUCUUUGCGGAACUUGCCCUGUUAGCUUCGGCUAUGUCGGUGCCAAUAUGUUCAUCUAUUUUGCAUGAUAGACAAGUGUCGUUUGUGUUGCACGUGUCGUUAUUCACCAUAUCAUUGUUCACCGGAGGGAUAGGGCUGAUUCAGCUAUCGGAUAAGUUUAGGAUGGAGAUGAAACUUGCUUAUGUCACUCUUUUCUCUUGUUGGUUCUCUAGUGUUUUUGGCAUUGUUACGUGCGUAAGCGUAAAUGUGCCAGUGAUUUGGUCUUUUAUGGCAGUUGUCUGGAUCCUUAUCCUUUGGAUUUGGUAUACUUUCGGGUGGGGAAGUGGCUAUACGUCCUCAGUUUCCCCUCUUCCUGCUUAA